AUGGCAUCUUUAGAGACAUCAUCCUCAUCUCCAUUUCUUCGGAAAAGAGAAUAUGGAAAUAAGCAGCCUAGCGCGAGCGCUGAAGAGCGAGUAUUUGGCCCCCGAAUUGAAUCGCGCUUUAUGAGUACCAAAGAGAGACAGAUUUCGCUAGCGGGUGUUUUGUUGAGCGCUUGUGCUGUGGUUGUUACCGCAGGACUGAUGUUCUUGUUAGGCGUCAAUAUAGUCAUUCAGUACCGUACAAUGGUACCCGAAGACCGCUCCGGACUCCUGCGCAAAGCUUGCUAUAUUGUACUAAGUGCUACUGGCAUUUUCUUUAUGAACAAAUUUAAUCAAUGGUUCUAUCAGAAAAUGAUGACAUAUUUUUCGGACUCAAAAUAUCAACGACUACCAGCAGAGGAAAGCUUCGAAAUGAGAUCGCGUGCAUAG